GAAAAGAUUGUGAUUACAAGUGUUAUUAUUGAGAUGGUGGAGGAAAGCCCCUGGGCUUACAUCUGGGGGAAGAUACACACCCUACAAUCUCGAGGAUCCUUCUUUCAGGGCCAGCCAUUGACUGCCAGAUGGGAUCCCAGUGCAAGUCGUUUAAUAGGGAAGUAAAACGCAGAAUAUGCAAGACCAUACGGAGAAUUACCGCCACCUCACUGUCAGUCGACUUACUGAUGCGGUUUACGUGCUUCUCUCGUUUCGCGUUAUUCCCGAGCGGAUGGGAACAAGGAUCGAGGGGGUUUCCACUUCACAUUGAGGGUCGGAAUCAACUGUACGUGGAGAGGUCUUCCUCUCAAUUAACCCGGGUGAUCGUGGCUUUUCGGUUGAGAAAUCACUCGCAGGUGCCCCCGGGGGCGGGGGGUCGGGUACUAUCAGAAAGAGAUAUACACGGUAUGGCUAAAAGUCUACCGGCUUCACUUGGUCAGGCUGGUGAAAUGCCUGGUCCACACCCAAAACUCCCUAACUUAUGUGCUGUAUUGCUGGGGAAGUUCACUGGCAGUGUUGCAGCAUCUUGAUCUUCAAGCCUCGCAGCACGCUGCCUUAGGCCGCACACGGCUGCCGCGACCAACUUCUAGCCGGGUUUCGCAGCGCUGCUACUCCUUGACGCAUUCUCGGAGUCAUGAAAUCUAUUCGCGUGGAAUUGAGUGCCAAUCCUUCAUUUU